GAAGGGAAAGCUGCUGUGUGAGAAUUCUGGAGGCAGCUGGGGACCCAACCAGCCUCAGCAGGAUGGAGCCAUCAGAGAAGCAGCAUGAGGAUGCAGUGGCUUUUAUGCUGCAGGGCAAAAAGUGCCCCCCGAAGAAGAACGGUGUCACAGGCUGGAUUCUGAGGAACAUCCAGAAGACCUUCCAGAGGCCUACCUCCCUGCAGCUCUCUUCUCCCAUGGCUUUUUCUCAGUGUUGCACAGCCUCUUGUCCAAACCUGAUAGUAAAUGAGGCCCAUGAAGAGAAGCAUGGGGAUUUAGUGCCUGUUGCCCUUCAUCAUGGUGGGGCUCACUGCUCCUUAUUGCCAGCAUCAGCAGAAGAUGGCUGCUCCAACAACACAGCACUCCGGGGCUGGUGGAGCACUCUGCAGGUCCAGAUGGCAUCCUAUUCCUGUGCCCUCAGACCCAGUCUCACAUCUCCUUCUCCUCUGCCUUGUUCAGCAGGCUCUCCUUCCAAGGCCAAGCUCUCCAGCCUCUUCUCCCUCUUCUCACCACCAUCACAGAUCUCUGAGCCUGAUUACAGCUCUCUGCCUUGUGCUGGCUCCAAGAAAUCUAGCAGAGGGAGCUGGAAGAAGAGCUCUCAUUGUGAAGAGCCCCCUGGUCCCAAAUCAGAAGAAUCUGCACAUUUCCCCUUCACAGGACCCAUAAUUGCUCAGAUAACUGACUACAUCUACCUGGGGAACCUCAGUGCAGCCUACAGUGGCCGGGCGCUGUGCACAAAUGGCAUCAACAGCAUCAUUGACAUGAGCAGCCUGCCCAGUGACCACAGCCUGAGCAUCAUCCCCUGCACCUGUGGGAGGGGAGGAUUCAGGCACAACUGGUCACGCCUCAGGGUUGACAUCCAGGCUUUCCUGCAUGGAAAUCUUCAUGAAAUAAGGCAGCCAUGCUUCCUGGUCAUCAACGAGUGCAUCGAAGCCUUGAUGAAGAAAGGGAAGCGUGUUCUCAUUCACUGCAGGGAUGGUUACUCCUUAGGCCCUACCUGUGUCAUCCAAUACCUGAUGGUCAAGCACAGCAUGAGACUGCUAGCAGCCUAUGAACUUGUGAGGGCACGGUACCCACUGAAAAUCCAAGAGUGCCAUCAGGACCUACUGGUGGGUUUGGAGAUGUCCCUGCAGCCUGGCGGUGUCAAUGUAGCAUGCUUGAAGCACUCCCUGUCAAGGAAGAUGGCAUGGAGCUAAGCAGGCAUAGUGGCUGAAGAAGAAAAGCCAAAAGGAAAACAGCCUUAACAACAUCUCAUGGGUAAAUGAGAUGACUGUCAGUGUGGGGUCUGUAGGACAGUGCUGACAAGAUGCAUACGUGAUGGCCUUUCUUUGCAGCAGUUCUUAAAGGCUGGUACUGGCAGAAGUACAGCAUGGGGAGCUCUUAGGGACACACUAGAGGGAGAGAGAGAAAGACUCAUUUAAGCAGAGGCUGAAGGUUUUUCAGUCCUAAUGUAAGGAAAUCCCCUGUGCUUCAGGAUGAAGAAAACUUUUCUCGGGAACUUUUCUUCCUAAGGGCGCAAGUACAUGUCAGCUCCAUGUCAGGGGGUUAGAACUGCAUGAUCUUUUAAGGUCCUUAACCCAAGCCAUUUUAAAAUUCUAUGUGCCUAGUCUCAUAUUCUUUCCGGGAAAGAGGAGCCAGCCACAGGAUUACUCACUUGUUCUGUCUGAGCUUUUACUGUGAGCACAGUUGCUGUUGGGCUGCUGGACUUGUUUUUUUUUUCUUUUUUU